AUGAGAGACGACUCUUACGAAUCUUUUCACACUUUAGAACUUCAUCUGAUAUCCACCACUUUGACUCAACCUGCUCUUGCAGCUAUCCGAUAUCAAUUCUGGAGAGACGCCUUAACUUCUGCAUUCACCAAAACCGGUUCUGUAACUCAACAUCCUGUAAUCAUCUUAUUAUCGGAUAUGGCCAAACAUCGACCUGUUCAGAAAUAUCAUCUCAGUCAAGGCACACGAAAUGUCAUCCGCGAUUGGAGUCAUCUCCACUUCGCUUCACUGGCGCUAUAUAAACAAACUACUUAUGGUAUGAUCCAUCUAGUCUGGAGAUGGAAAUUGGAUUCGUUGAAAUUUUUCGUCACUCUACUACGAUCGAUACCUAUCACUGUAUCACAUAAAAAGUUGAAUAUUCCCUCCGAUGUAUGUGCGAGACAUGCGAUUGUGGAGGAGGAAGUUUAUCGUCGUGGAGGUGAUGCUGGAGGUGUUCGGGAUGCUUGUUGGGAAAUAGGAACAAGGGGUAUGGACGAAUUGAUUACUGCUCGAAGAGAUCUCACGAGUACUAAAGGAAGAGUCAAGCCAGUAUCAGCUAUGCCUCUAUUUUUACAUGCGGUGUCUGCAGAAAGAUAUCUUCAUAGAUUGGAGAGUUACGACUUUAAUGUUUUCCAUCCAGAUUUACAAAAGCACGAUUGGAGAUUAGCUCCACGGAUCUGGUGGAAAUAUCAGACAAACACUUUAUGA